AUGCGAUUGAUCUUUCUCAGCCUGACCGCUGUGGCUGUCGCUGGCCGGCUCGCUCUCGCUAGUAUUGCCUCGGCCGAAGUUGACCUCGAGGCCAAGGGUGAGCCCACGCACCAGCUCAAGUUGGAGGCUCACGUCGCAAAGCUCGACCCCACGCUGAAGGCUAGCGUGAAGUCUCGGGCUAAAGCUGACCAGAAUAGGCUCCGACAAAGAUCGGCAGCGCUUGCUGAAGGUGCUGUGAAGGUGCAAGGCACAGUGAAGGCAAGGAAGAACUGCCGCAGCACCCACACGAUUCCUGGGUACGCGAGUCAAGGAUCUGCGGUGAAAUAA